AGGCGUUACAAAAAGGAAGUGGACGUCACGUCCUUGUAAAACAACACAUGGGAAAGCUGUCACAUUGUUGUGUCUGAGGUUUACAUAUUUGACUUUCUGCAUGGGAUGAGUAAUUUUAUGCUGGAUUAUUCUAAAAUAUUCCUAAUUUGUAUUUUAAUAUGGUGAGAUGCGGUGGAGUGUUACUCAGAAAGUAUGGAAACUUCAUAGACCAUCUCAGAAUAUAUGUUCGAGGAGGAACUGGUGGAAUGGGUCUUAAGCGCCUUGGUGGUGAGGGUGGAAAAGGCGGUGAUGUUUGGGUCAUUGCCAAAGAAAACUACACACUGAAGAAAAUAAAGGACAGGCAUCCGGAAAAAAGAUUCAUUGCUGGAGUUGGUGCAAACAGUAGUGUUCGUGCACUGAAAGGUGAAAAGGGAAAAGACUGUGAAAUUCAUGCUCCGGUGGGAAUUACUAUUAUGACUGACGAAGGAAAAGAAAUAGGAGAAUUAAACAAAAUAGGAGAUUGCCUAAUGGUAGCUCGUGGUGGACGUGGUGGUUCCUUUGUAACCGACUUUCUGCCAUCCAAGGGUCAAGUACAAAUGAUACGGCUUGACUUUAAGCUUGUAGCAGAUAUUGGCCUAGUAGGGUUCCCAAAUGCAGGCAAAUCAUCUCUACUAAGUAAGCUUUCUCAUGCCAAGCCACAGAUAGCGGAUUAUGCAUUCACAACUGUGAGACCUGAAAUUGGCAAGAUUAUGUAUCCAGAUUACAAACAGAUAUCAGUCGCUGAUCUUCCUGGGCUAAUCGAAGGUGCUCACAUCAACAAAGGAAUGGGACACAAAUUUCUGAAGCAUGUUGAAAGAACUAAACAACUUUUACUUGUGGUAGAUAUUUCUGGAUUCCAGCUUUCUUACGAAACUCCACUCAGAACUCCAUUUGAAACUGUCCAGCUGCUAACAAAGGAACUGGAGUUAUACAAGAAAGACCUUCUGACAAAGCGUGCUCUUCUUGCUGUAAACAAAAUGGAUCUUCCAGAUGCAAUGAACAAGUUUAAAGAGCUUACAGAACAGUUAAAUCAACCUCAAGAUUUUAUGCAUCUACUGCCGGAAGACACAGUGCCUUGUAGCUCUAUACCUUUCAAACAUAUCAUUCCCAUCUCUACAUUAACCGGUCAUGGGAUUGAGGAGUUGAAACAGUGUCUUCGGAAAUCCAUCGAAGAACAGUAUGAAAUAGAAAAUGAAGGUCAUCAGAGAGAAAAACUGCAGAAGUUAAGAAAUUCCUAUCAGUCCAUUUUAACAGCAUCGUAAAAAACAAGCAGAGUGGUUGUUUAAUAAUGUCGCUCAUAGCCGAAAUGAAAGUAUGAUUAGAAUAACUCCUGUGUUACAGUAAACUUUUCAUUUUGACUUUGAUAAAGUCUGUUGUAAUAUAGUUUUGAUUAAGGCACUUAUUCUUUUCGUUGCUGUCUUUUCAAUGUAUGUUUCAACUGCUGCUGUUUCCCCUGUCAUUUAUGUUAUAUCACAUGAUUUUGUAAUAUUUGCCUCCGGUGUAUGAAAAAUUCAUGUGUUAUAUAUAUAUAUAUAUAUAUACUUGUCAUUUGGUAAUAUACUUUACAAAUAAAAUGUUUUUGUACUGUU